UCAGGCCUCCACAGUUCCUUCAUAGAAACAAUGUAUAGUCUUUCCCUCCGUGCCAAUAAUCUCCAGGUGUUCAGUCUCUUGGGUAACAGGUUAUUUAAGGUAACCUGUCCUUCAGGAUAAGAGUCAGGGGUUCCUGGUCUGUAUUGGUGAGCGUAGCAUAUUACACAUUUUAUAAGCACUAGAUUUUGCAGAGUGUUUCAUAAAACCUCCAACACCCUUUGAGGUGAGCCCCUGAAAUUCCUUGGUGCCCUGUGUAGUUGUACCUUUGAUACCUGAGGAGUGGAGAGUGUGCAGAUGGGGAAAUAUUAAUGUAGAAUAGAAGUCCCAGCUCUGGUUCUGGGGGAACACUGUUGUCUGGUCCAACUGUGUACAGCUCUGUGCGCUGAACUUGUUGGAAAUUGUGUCCUCGAAUACCCAAUGAAACAGUCCUGGGUAUUUCUUGACACUUGGGACGGAUCUAAUAAACAAGUAAAAAGCAGUCAGAUCAAUUAAGCCAUCAAUUAACACUGGAGGUGUAGAGAUCAGCAGGAAAAUACAAAUCAGAAGGCACUUUUCCUCCAGGACCAAGGCUGGGAACUACUGCUGUAAAGACUCAAUUCAGCAAUUAUGUAGGUAACUAUUGAAUCACCAUCCGCUAAAGACGUGCAACUAUUUAAUUACAAACAAUUCUAAUGGCAACUUAUUAAAUUAAGUAACAGAGAUAGCAUGGGAAACACAAUUCACACCAUUCAGGUCUCACAUAGCAGACUUCCUUUAAGAUGAAUACAUUUCAUAUCUGAUGAAUGACUUACAAGUCUUUUGAUGAUUUAGGGUGACCUAUUAGACUUACUGAACUGGGGGUGUCUGAGAACAGGGUUGGGGACCCCAGAUCUGGAUCUCAGGAAGGCUGCAAGCUAGUGAUGCAGGGGUUGACUCGCACCCGCAGGCAGGCUCGGGUUAAAAAAAAAAUAUUUGAGAUCGGGGCGGGUGGGUGCGGGUCACAAAAAAGCUAACCAGUGCAUCACAAGUGCAAGCAGAGGAGAAAAAGUGUUUCAGCGUGACAGAAAGGGGGUGUUGGAAUCACUUAUAGUUUCCCAGAUCCUUCUGUUCGUCAGGCUGGCUGGAACAAUCACCCCAUGUGUUAUAUUAGUCACACCUGAGAGCUGUUAACAGCUAUGCACAAGGCCGCUUGCUGCUUAAUUAAAGAGGCUUAAAUCCCUCCAUCUCAUGGAAAAUGUUUUUCUGCCUUCAUCUCCUGCCAGCUUUCUGCCUUUCCUUUAAUGCUAUUUGUCCAGUUUUUGCGUCACUGUUAACAUAGUCUGUCUGGCCAGUGGUCAAGUGUGAGCCACCUCCUAGACAGCCUGGCCAGUUUCUUUUCUUUCUUUUAUGAAAUUAUAUGAAAUUAACUCCCUUUACUGCCUUUUUGUCUCCAUUAUCUGCAAGUCAUGGAGGAACUCCAGUAUUAGACACUGUGGGUAUUGAAAUCAAAUUAAUAUGUGUAUAUAUUUUCCAUUUCAACAGUCCAAAAUUAAGGGGAGGGAUUUUUUUUUAUUUAGACAGGAAGAGGUGGAUUUCCGACACUGGGGAAAAUGUUUGGAUGUUAUAUUCUUACGUCUUUUUUUUCAGGACAGUUUAAUUCAAAAUGUGUUAGCCAAUAUUCCGUGAGUGCUGGGCUCAAAGUUCAUUGUGCUUUACACAAAUACAGUACAGUACUGUGAUCUUCCCUGAGUCCUCCCCCAGAAUGAAAAUUCCUGAUAACUGUGUAGAGUGAGACUGGUUCUACUGGAGUUCCAGUGGAGUGGUCCUGGUUUUUGAAGGGGGUGAUGUGUACUGUGUGGCCAGUCUGGUGGCACAGCCAAUGGAACCAUUUGAAACUUUGCUUUACAAUAAUCACAAAGUGUCAGAUCCUUCUUGUUGCUAAUGCUGUGUCUAAUAUCAGAAUAAAUUCACAUGCCCCACUUUUUUAAUGGAGUAAUUGUCUACUUAUGGGUGCUGUGUGUGUUUGUGUGCCCACAGGUGUCAGGGUCUGAUGGCUGUUAUCAAGCCCGUGUGUAUCUGCGUGCUACCAGUUUGUCCUGGGAGUGUCAUGCAAGCACACAUCCAUGUAUAUGAGUGUGUGUGAAUGUGUCAUCUGAUACAACCCACCAAAAACAGUGACACAGCAAUGCAUAGAGCAUUUGAAAUAUGGUAAUUAUGCAUUUUAGAGAACUAUGGAGUGUACUAGUCAGUGAUUUCAGUGGUGUAAUAUUUAAGGUGAAUUACUAGGAGUAAUUUUAUAGUAUAAUACAUUAUGCUAGUGCCCUGUGAUGGAUUGGCGUAUCAUCCAUGUUGUAUCCUGCCUUGCACCCAUUGCUUGCUGGGAUAGGCUCUGGCUCCCCCAGGACCCUGAAUUGGAAGAAGCUGAUAGUAAAUGAAUGGAUGGAUAUUAUUCUGUUUGAUGUCCUGCCCAUUGGAAACUGUUUAUUGACCUUCAGUUGCAGCUGGUUGGUGUCGUUAUCAAGCUUAUGUCUGUGUGUGUGCACAGGUCUCAGGGUCUGAUGGAGGUUGUUGUCAAGCUUGUGUGUGCGUGCAGGUAUCAGAGUCUGAUGGAGGUUGUUAUCGAGCGUGUCUGUGACUGUGUGUGCAGAUGUAUCAGGGUCUGAUGGAGGCUGUUGUCAAGCCUGUGUGUGUCUGUGUGUGCGCAGGUAUCAGGGUCUGAUGGAGGCAGUUGUCAAGCCUGUGUGUUUGUGUGCACAGGUGUCAGGGUCUGAUGGAGGCUGUUGUCAAGCCUGUGUGUGUCUGUGUGUGUGUGUCUGUGUGUACGCAGGUGUCGGGGUCUGAUGGAGGCUGUGUCGGGGCUCGGACUGAAGCGGCGGUUCGAGGAGGUGGACAGCGGCUCGCCCUACUCCACCCCGAAGGACUCGGACGAUGAGAUCUCGAGCAGCGACAGCGCCGACAGCUGCGACAGCCUCAACCCUCCCUCCAGUUCCACUCUGACGCCCACAUCAAUCCUCCGCCGGCAGAAGGCCUCUGGACGCAAGAGCGUGCGCUUCGACGCCGUGACGGUGUACUACUUCUCCCGGCGACAGGGCUUCACCAGCGUGCCCAGCCAGGGGGGCAGCUCGCUGGGCAUGGCGCGCCACCACAGCGCCAUCCGCCGCUACACGCUGGGGGAGUUCGCCCACGAGCAGGAGACCAGCCACCGCCAGGCCCUGCGGCAGCACCUGCGCCAGGAGAAGCUCAACGCCCGCAAGCUGAAGCUGACGCGCAACGGCACGGUGGAGUGCGCGGAGGCCGAGUCGCUGACCCUGGAUGACGUGUCGGACGAGGACAUCGACGUGGACGGCGUGGAGGUGGACGACUACUUCUUCCUGCAGCCGCUGCCCACCAAGCGCCGCCGCGCCCUGCUGCGGGCCUCGGGCAUCGCCCGCAUCGACGCUGAGGAGAAGACGGAGCUGCGCGCCAUCCGGCUCUCCCGCGAGGAGUGCGGCUGCGACUGCCGCUUCUACUGUGACCCCCAGAACUGCGGCUGCAGCCAGGCAGGCAUCAAGUGCCAGGUGGACCGGAUGUCCUUCCCGUGCGGUUGCUCGCGGGACGGCUGCGGGAACGUGGCGGGGCGUAUCGAGUUCAACCCCCUGCGGGUGCGCACCCACUACCUGCACACCAUCAUGAAGCUGGACCUGGAGAAGAAGAGGCAGGUGGGGGCCCACGAGGGCAUGGGAUUGGGCACCGCCCCCGGCCACCCAGCCCCGACGGAGCCCUCCCUCCCCGCGCCCCUCGACCCGGACGCCAGGCCGGCGGCGCAGCCUGGGGCCGAGGAGGGCGACGCGGACUACCAAGCCCAGAGGGACAGCCUGGCCCUGGAGAACGAGACCGCCGUGCUCCACCUGCAGAGCGCCGAGGAGCAGGAGCGCCGCCGGGAGCAGGAGGAAGGGCAGGGGGCGCUGGUCACGGACCCCGACGGCGGUGCCCUGGGCCUGUGCCUGCUCCCCGAGCCCCUGAUGCCGGCCCAGGCCGGGAUGGGGGAGGUGGCCGACGGGACCGAGCCUGUGAUCAUCCAAGGGGAGUUCCCCCCCGGCACCUCGGUUCUGUGCUUCACGGAGAACCUGGUGGAUCCGCAUCACCAGGCGUUCCUCAAGGACUCCCCCGUGGUGUACUACCAGAUAGACCAUGUGGAGCCGGAGUCUCUGGGCCUCCCCGCCGGGGAGGAAGAGGUGGAGACGACGACGGGGUACAAGGAGUGUCGCACCACCGACGGGGACGGAACUGGGGGGGACGCCGAGCUGGCGGCAGCCCGCGGGCAGGAUUCGGACGAGACCGCCGCGGUGAUCCCGGGGCUGCCCGUCCCCGAAAACCGCCCUGCCAACACCAGCGGGCACCUCGAAGGAUCCCCGCGGAGCCCCGAGGGGUCCCCCUCGGAAGGUCCCCACCUUGCCUUUGAAGGAGAGAGCGCCCCACUUGAGUCGGACGCUUAGUUUCUCACUUUUUGCGGAUAUUUUGCACAAUAGCCUACAACAAAGCUUGUUGCCUAUACUUAAUGGAAUAAUAAUAGUAAUAUAAUGAA